CGAGCCUCGCUAGGCACCUCUUUGACAGCUAAUUCCGGCGUCAGAUACUGUAAUGGAUCCUACGAUGGAAGGAGUGGAGGCGAAAAUUUCACUAGAGCCCCAUUGGGCUUGCCAUCCAGUGGACUCCGUCUUUUGGGACUUCCGAUUCCUCAGCUUUACCAUGCAAUGGAUUUCGUAAUUGGACACCUCCGAAGCCAACUAAUAAUGGCUGGCUGGCCGCCCAUCAUGCGUUUGGGGGAAUUCAUGUAUGUCUACUUGGCCACGAAUCCUUCCCUUUGUCUUUUAACACUCGUAUUAUUCAGAAAAUAA